UUUAUUUUAUUUUAAAAUCUCUGGGUUUCAGGAGCCAAUAGUACCCCCUCUUACAGAUCUCCUUUCUUCCCUCCUCUCCCGACCCCAGAGAAAUGUUUGAGAUUUCCAAGCUCCCUUUCUAACUACAUUAAAGAAGAACUCAAAAUAAGAAACAAAGCCUCAACUCACAACAAUGGAGGGUGGAGACACAUUAUGUGGAGUUGGCAAACGAAAUCAAAUUGAGAACAAAGUGAUUCAGACAUUUCAGAAGAGUUUUGUUCAAGUUCAGAACAUAUUGGAUCACAAUCGCCUCCUCAUCCAAGAGAUCAAUCAGAACCAUGAAUCAAAGAUCCCCGACAAGCUCAGCCGCAAUGUCAGGCUCAUCAGAGAGCUGAACAACAAUAUCAAACGCAUCGUCGAUCUCUACGCCGACAUCUCGUCAUCCUUCACCAAGUCGAUGGAGUCUUGUUCCGACAGAGAUUCAUCACCUGGAACAGUGCGGUCCGAUGCAAAUAAGAGAAUUCGAUCGAGCUGAUUAAAAAUACUUGAUGACUUGAGAAUUUGAAGAAUUCUUUUGCCAAGAGGCAAAAAUGGCAAUGGAAAUGGAAAGUCUUUUGAUGGUUGAUAACAUUUAUGGAUGGAUUGGAGAAAGAGAGAAGAAAUGUGUGUGAGAGUAGUAAUGCUCUCGAGUUGCAACAUAGUAAGUAUUGAUGAUACAUAAUUGGGAUUUAGAUAAUCAUUAUAGAUGUUCAUCAAUUUCUUGCUAAUAUAUGAAGUAGAUUUGAGAAUG